CAACGGCAUCAUGGUGCUACUACUACAAUUGCCGCUUCCCCCAUCGUUCUUCCAAUGUCCCCCCAUGACAUCCGACAUGGCUGAAUCGGUCAAGGCCACUGCCGUGCACACGACCUAUGACCUGAUCUCAAAGAUCCAACUACGGGGUGGUCCGAACCAGUACGAGUGCGUGUCGGACGAACACGAUCUGAAGAUCUACAAGGGCUUGAAGGACACUAUUGGGCCCCAUGGCGAGGCCGUGCCAGUGUAUUGCGCACACAUGGAAGUGGUAGCAACCAUCGACGAAGUGAUCGCGCUGUUCCACACCGAAGUGACCAAUCCGAAAGCGUUCUGUCGGCGCUUUGGCAAAGGGUUGCUGGACGCGGUCACGUUGUACGAGCUCGAGUCGUCGUUGGGGCCCCAGAAUCGCAUCACCGUGACAUGGCGUGCGUACGACAGCCAAUUGCCCAGUGUCGUGCGACGGCGCGAUGUGUGUGCAGUCGAGUGCCAUGAUGAGUUUACUUUGGGUGGUCGACGGGGAUGGGUUCGUGCGUUCAAGUCGAUAGAACUGCCCUGCUGCCCGGGCUUGGAAACCCACAUGGGGCUCGUGCGGAUGGCCAACUACGGCAGCGGCCACGUGUUUGUCGAGUCGGAGCUGCGCCCUGGCUACUUGGACAUGUACUUCGUGACCCAAGUCGACUAUUGCGAAGGCAAGUCCGAGUGGCUGCUCACCGACGUGUUGCGGUGUAAAAAGCUGCUGGCCAAAGUCAUCACCAAGAAACGGUGCCGCAGUUUGCUCGACAUUGAUCGAUUCCUGCGCGAAGACCGCCUUCGCCAACUACCGGCCGUGCCUAUGGACCCGACUUAUCGCCACCACUGCUUUAUGUGCACGAAACGACUCAUGCCUAUUGUGAAACGCACGGCAUGCCACACCUGCGGACAUGUACUUCCUACCAACAUUCUGACGCACCAACAUUCUCGACCACAUUGAUUCACCAACAUUCUCGACCACAUUGAUGCAUCAACAUUUUCUUGCUCACAAGUGUAGGAUAGGUGUUUUGCCCGAGAUGCAUCCAAAGUUGGCGCGUGCGUGCCAAUACCACCAUCAUGGCGUGCUACAAAUGCUCGAUUGUGCAACCAACGGGGUUCCGAAGCAAAUACCAAAAGCACUCGGCGCCACCGCCGUCCGACAUCAUCUCCUUGAGCAGUCCUUUCAAAAGCCAAGCCAGCCACAAUCGAUCCAUGGUUUCUUCCAAUUGCACGUGGCUAUCUGACAGCGAAAUCGCCGCUCAGUCGAAGGCGGCACAAACGCAGCAAACCCCCUCUGGUCGUUCCAAUGGGUACUAGGGGACGUACUACUAACGUUACGUAGUAGUACUACAAUUAUCGAUAGGUUUUGCUGUUGGUGGUAGGGAUGCACCGUGGUCAAUUAUUGAGUGUAGAAUCAUUCACUGUCAGUUUAUCUCCUGCGUGAUUAAUGUAAGUGACAUUUCGUUAACAACUUCCUCAGUUCCAAAAUUCUUGCAGCAUUUCAGCUCU